CACUUAAAUGACGUCCGGUCAUUAAAAAAUCGCCGGCGCUCUUUCCCUUUUCUUUCAAAAAAACUUCUUUUCAAGUGUCUCCCUUAAAAGUUUUGUAGUGUGCACACGGGUUACUGCAAGCUCAGAUUUUAGGAAGAAGAGGAAGGGGGCAAUGAAACGAGACAGUCAAGGAGGAUACCCAUUCAGUUUAACGCUUCUUGUUGCCAAAGGGGGGUUCGUGCAAUAUCGGGUGUAUAAUUAUUCGUCUACCUUUUGAGAUAAGCGACGUUGUAUAUGACUGGUGAUUAUUUAUUCAUGAUUAUUGGAGCUUUGAGGGAUCGUUAUACUUCGUAAAAAGGGAAGCAUUAUCGGUAGUCUCGGACGACCAGACGCUAUUUGAGAACACAUACCGUGAGGUGAAUAAGUCCAACACUAUCGUCUCGUCGCCACACAGCACCCACAUCCUGACAACACCUGUCCACAAGCCUAAGCUAUCCGUGGUUGCAUCCCCCACCAACGAGAGCCACAUCUGGAGCUCGUGCGUACAGGACCAAAGGAUGAAACAAGAGAUUGAGCAGCCCACUUCCGGUGCCCACGAUGGGCUCCCGGGGCCACAGGUCAGUCGCGGGGGACCCGAGUCGCCGUUGGAUUGUAGCGUAGCGAAACCCCGCCAGCAACCUCCUCCCCACGGAGCGCCACAGGGCACCAUCAACGCGGAGCCAACACAGGCCGCGCCACCAUAUCCGUCGUGUCCGCCACAGCCGUACCUGGGUACCACGGGUUCCACGCCCGAGGAACGGUCGGCUUCAGCGGGUACCACGGGAAGGUCACCGCCACCAAAUGUCACCACCAAUGAGAAGAGGGUCAUCGUACCUGCUGACCCUAACAUGUGGACUGCUGAGCACGUACAGCAGUGGGUCCAGUGGGCGGUCAGGGAAUACUCCCUGGUGGAUGUCCAGGUGUCCAGGUUUAACAUGGACGGGAAACACCUUUGCAAGAUGACCAGAGACGACUUCAGCAGACUGACCAACAACCUCAACGUAGAUGUCCUCAUCUCACAUCUAACCUUCCUUAAACAAGCUCCACUGCCUAAUCUAACGUCAGAUGAUAUAGACAAAGCGCUGCAGCCCAGCCCGAGGAACCCACCCUCCUCUCAAGGUUAUACACCAGGGGCCAAGAGCAAUCUGGAUGACAACAAAUACAACACUGCAGACCAUCAGACCACUCUGGACACGAAUCCAUCAGGUGGGUCAGCCUUUCCUUAUCCUCCUUCCACUACUACCACUGUUGACAGUGUUCACCGCAUGCCUCGCACAGAACCCUCAUGUGAUAGCCUUGUUGGAAGGGGAAGACCCAACGCUUGGCCCACCACCGUCCCAUCCGCUGUAUCCAAGGGGUUUACACAAACAUCGCCUACCUUGCCCAAGCCUGGUAUCGAUUCCUCCGCUACACAAAUUAGACCCGCAGGGAGGCCGGCCUAUGGGGGCAGUGAUUUCGAUCCGUACCAAGUCUUCGGGCACACAAGCAGGACACUUGCAAAUCCUGUAAUUCCAAGUGAUUGGCAAAAUCUACAAUCCGUGAUAUUAGCACUCAGACAUAACAAAGGAAGUGGCCAGAUACAACUGUGGCAGUUCCUUCUGGAGCUCCUAUCGGACAGUUCCAACGCCAACUGCAUCACUUGGGAGGGAACCAAUGGCGAGUUCAAGAUGACCGACCCGGAUGAAGUCGCCAGGAGAUGGGGAGAGCGGAAAAGCAAACCCAACAUGAACUACGACAAGCUCAGCCGGGCUCUGCGCUACUACUACGACAAGAACAUCAUGACCAAGGUUCAUGGCAAGAGAUACGCGUACAAGUUCGACUUCGCCGGGUUAGCCCAAGCCAUGCAGCCGGUCCAAGCUGAUCCUAGCAUGUACCGCUACCAGUCAGACCUCUCGUACCUGCAGAGCUAUCACCACCCGACCAAGCUGAACUUUGUGGGUACCCCGAUCAACCCGUCCACCAAUGCCAGCCUCUUUAGCUCUCACAGUUCAUACUGGUCAUCUCCAACAGGCGCCAAUAUCUACCCCAGCGGUCACGUGACACAUCCUCACCCGGGUCACAUGUCCUCGCACAUAGGCACAUACUAUGGAUAACACCAAGUGCCCUUUACCCGUUGCAAUUGCCGGACUCUAUAACAGACUCUUUAUGAAGUGCCAUCACUUUUUUGUAUUGUAUGAAGAAGAAAAUGUUGCACAGUCAGAUUAAAAAAUAAAUAUACCUAUACAAACUGAUCGUCUAGAGAUCGUGAUAGACGCGUAAAGCUGACUAUAGAAGGCGGAUGCCGCUUUUCUUGUUCGGGACACGUGAUAAGUUCGAACGUGGAAAUGAGCCGCAAUGGACCGCCGCAGAGGGCGUCUCCCAUCGUGGAGACCGCAAGAGACUGUACAAAGAAACCAGAGAGGACUGCAAAUAAUGCCAUAGUAUUUAGCCUUGAAUGCAGUCGAUAAACAUUUUAUAUAAAUAUAAUGAUAAACUUUUCGACGUGGAUCGUCAUCAACGAGUAUUUUUUUCUUACUGCGAAGUAUUGACCUCUUUGUAAUGGGUCAUCUAGAGAGGGCAGUCUUCUCUAUAAAAGAUUUAUACACCAAUGAAUUGAAAUGUUGCAUAUACUAUUAAUAAUAUUGUUUUGUAAAAUACUCAUUUGGAGUAUGACUAGUUUUAGCCUACCCAUUGAAUUAGUUUUUAGCUGCAUGAAAACCUAUACAUAAAUAAUUAUAUGACUGUUUUGAAAUGUCUUUCGUUACUUUUUCCUCACUUCUUUUAAUAUAUGAAAAGAAAGGGAUAUCUCAAAAUAUCACAAUGUUUAUAUGUAUUAAGUAAGAUUACUCUAUAUUGUAUUUUCAGGAUAAACACAGACAUACCUUAAUGAUAUCUUUUAAUUUAUGCUACCGUUCUUAAAAGAAACAACUAUUUUCACUUAUUAUGGAAUCAUUUCCGAAGAUUAAAUGCCAAACCGAAUUUGUCAAUGUAACCUGUCCUAUCUUCAUGAAACCUUUUUGACUUAAACUCCCAAACGAUGUAUACCUGUUAAUCACAAUGAAACGGGUUACGUAUUUAGUAAGGGUACAACAAUAUACCAUUAUCCUCCAAUUGAUGUAUUGUUUAAUCAAACGGGGAGUAAACAUUAUACUUUCAUUUAUUUGACCCGAGAGGUAGUGCAAUUUCAGUACUUUGUAGAUCUAUUUCUCAAUAACUUGUUCGUAUUUCUUUGGUACGGGUAUAGAAGAAAAAAUGCUGUAUUUCUCUUGGUUUUUGUGUUGCUAUGGGUUGGUUGUGAACAUAAACAAAACAUUCUACAAAUUACAUUCAAUUUCUGCGGAAUUAAAAUGUGUAUGAAAUACUUGUCCCUUAUAUUGUAAUAAACAUAUGUAGUAUUAUCAUAGUAUUUCAUUCAAACAUUACAGUUACCUUGCACGAUCGUGGCAAUUGGCUUGGUGACGGUCGGGAAAUUUUGUUCUCAUGUGGCAAAUGAUUAAACCCUCUAAAGGUACAUUAGUCGCCAAUAAUGAUAAUAAUAACAUAAGUAUAAUUCUAACACUAAAAUAAUAAUAAUAAUAAUAAUAUUCUUAUUGUAUAAUGACAAUGGAGCAUUUACAUUGUGUGACAUAGCCUGACUGCAAACGAAAUAAUAAGAUAGACGCUGGAAUGUAAAUGUUCUUAAAACAGAGACAUAUCUCAAGAGAUACGACUUUGAUGACGAUUGGUGUGUUGUUACUUUGUAACACCUAACGGCUUGUUCAAAUAUGUCGCGAUAAACCGCCGCAAUAUGGAUGUUGACAAUGUUAUUUGUUAUUGUUAUUAUCAUCUUUUUACGUGCACACAUUCUGAGUCAGAAGACACAUGAACGUGAUUAAAACACUUAUGUCAACAUACAAAGAAAGACAUCCGCGGUUUAUUACGUCAUACCUGAUCAAGUCUCAGCCAUGCUAUUUCAUCCAGCGUUUUUCUAUUUAUUUUUACGGGUCAGUCGUAGGCUAUGCAGUUGGUCACAAAUUUAGUCACAAUUUUUAUUGAGGAUUUCAUCGUAUACAUCACCUACAUAAAACACUUGACGUUCAAUGUUAUAAUUUGAACAUUUUAUGCAUGCUAUGCCAUUUUGAAGAAGAAAAUUACCUACAAAUGGAAAGACAGUACAGAAUGUGAGAAAAAGCAGACAUUCCGUCGAUUUGUCAUACUUCUUCUGUGAGUAAUGAAACCAUGAUGGAUCCUACAAUGAAAGUGAUCUAAUACGACGAUUAACAGGAAUAGAAAAAAAACAAUUAUAACUGCCUUUAAUGUGUUAUAUAUUAAGACAGGAAUACGAGGCCAAAAUUACGAUAAAUAUGUUUAUGUUAUCUUAUUAAUUUUGUUUUUCUUUUCUGCAAUUUUUUUUCUAUGAAGUGCAAUAACAAGAAUUGCAAACAUUAAUAUAUAUAUUUUUUGUUGAAAUACUAUACCAUGAUGUUUCCGAACAUUCCAAUGUGUUACCAUUGCAAAUAUUCCAUGGAAAUAGAGGUUUUGUUUUAUUUAUUUUCAUUCCGAUCUUAUUUGAUGCUUGCCAUCUUUUAGUUGAGAGGUUGCAAUACCAGAUUUCUUUUUAUUAUUUCCACUGAUCUCUGGCUCGUUUCUGUACAAGAAACAUAAUAUUCUAUAUAGUUUGAAAUUGACAUAGCAUUACCCAUCAUUUUAAAUGCUAUUAUGUCAUUAUUUUUGCAUUGUCCUCUUCGUUUUCUGCUAAUAUAUUACUCAUGAAAACGAAAUUGAUCACGAAUUGUCAGAGGAAUUUGCCAAUAAGACAUAGUUUGUGUGUCCUUUUGUUGCCAGUUCGAUUUAUAAGAAUUUGACAAUAAUUAUAUGUUUUACUGAGUGUAUUAUAUUAUGAGAAUUUUGUUGAUGUUAGUACGAUGUACUUAAUGUAGAAUAUAACGCGCAAUACAAAGUUUUAAGAAAUAGAUGAUGUUUUACUGAAGUUAUGUUUUGUUUAUGUAUACGUUUUUACAGAGUCAUCGACAUAAUAAAGAAUCAUGUUUGUAAUUUGCGCAUGUAUAAAAGGCAAUGAAAAUAAAGGAUCAGUUUUUGAUUUAUAAAAACAAAA